AUGGCUCAGCUUGCAUCGCAACAAUACCGGCGAUGGGCCCGCAUCAUGGUCGAGACGCCUCCCCGCGUCAUUGCCAUUUUCAAUUUUUUGGCUCCAACGAAUACUGCCAACGCCUGGGGAGGCACGACCGAGCACAUUCCGAUGACCAUGCGCGCAUUGACUGACCUCGCCAGAGGCUGCAGCGAAGGGGCUCCUUCGCCCCAAUUGGAAGCCUUGAUACUCGCGGGACUAACCGAUGCCAUAUGUACUUGUACACCUAGGAUGGACAAUCUUGUUCCAUCUACUUUUGCCGAGAAACGUGAGCGUGGGUAUUCGUCGUACAGCGCGGCCAUCGUAUUGUUGACCGAUAUCGUAAUCGCGACAAGCGGAACGACCAGGAGCCUCGUUCUAACGUCUUUGAGGUUGCACUGGAAAACUUUGUCCAAGCACCUCUGGGACCAUCCGGAACUAUCCUUUGAAUCUGAAUCCAAGUUCGUUCCAGAACGGAUGGUCCUAGCUGUUUUACUGCAAGAGAUUCUCCAACGAGACGUGUCCUUCGUGAGUAUCGUCGAUCAAUGCUAUUGCACCAUUCCACUCCUCACCCGCAAUCUUGCGCACGCCAUCGAGGACGACGACUUCUUCACAGAGCUACUCGGCAACAUCGUCUACCCAAAACGGUCUUUCGUAGCAGAUUUUCGUCCACGAAUCGAAGGCCUCCAGGAGUAUCGGGAGGCCCAUCCGAUACCCGGAGACAUCCUCGAAAAGGUCUCCAAAGGCGACGGUGAUUACGACAAGUUGUUCAAUAAAUCCACCACGAUAUUCCCGAAGGCCACACCGGAUAGCAUGCUCAGUGCUAUCCAUCUUCUUUUCUCCCUCUACUCCAUCGCGAAGAAUGAUCAACGCCGAAGCGCAAAGGCGUACGUGGCCAGCGCCCAUCGCUCCUCUGCGCACUGGAAGGCCCUGUUCCAAUGUGCCCGCGACAAGGAAGACGAUAUGCAGCUGGCCGUCAUGAGAUAUGCGACUGAAAUCGUCUCUUCGUGUGCUGUGCAAGACUCACCGGCCGAAAGCGAAGUAUUGAUGAAGAUUUGGCUAGAUUCGGAUCUUCUCGCUGCGCUCGAGACAUCGCUCUGGCUUCACACCUCAACGCACAUUCUCCCUACUGCGUUCCUCUUUUUUAUUGUCUCGCCUUUUUACGCUUUAUGA